ACAAAUAUUAUCUAUUAUGGGAUUCCCAAGUCACACUAGCUUGGUAAAUGCUUUCUUGCUCGUAUUUUCCAUCGUUUUCCUGGGUUUGACCUUAGCCAGUGAUACCAUCACAUCUUCUCAAUCCAUAAGAGACUCAGAGACAAUAACCUCAAGUGACAGUGUCUUCAAACUUGGUUUUUUCAGCCCUGAGAAUUCAACACACCGCUACGUUGGAAUCUGGUAUCUCUCUGACUCCAACGUCAUAUGGAUAGCUAACAGAAACCAACCACUCCUAGAUUCUUCAGGGGUUUUGAAAAUAUCUAAGGAUGGAAAUGUUGUGGUACUUGAUGGGAAACACCAAGUUAUUUGGUCGUCAAAUGCGUCAAACACUUCAACACCAACCAAUUCAACUGCUCAACUUUUACGUUCUGGGAAUCUCGUGCUGCUAGAUGACCGUACUGGACAAACAAUAUGGGAGAGUUUCAAACAUCCUGCUGAUGCAGCAGUGCCAACAAUGAGGAUCAGUGCUAACAGAAUCACAGGUGAGAAAAUAAGGUUUAUAUCAAGGAAAAGUGCUUCUGAUCCUUCAACUGGCUACUUCUCGGCUACCCUUGAACGUUUGGAUGCUCCAGAAGUAUUUUUAUGGAUUAAUGAAACUCGCCCUUAUUGGAGAACUGGUCCAUGGAAUGGUAGGAUCUUUAUUGGGACACCAUUAAUGUCAACUGGGUAUCUAUAUGGAUGGAAUGUAGGAUAUGAAGGGAAUGAAACUGUUUAUCUAACUUACAGUUUUGCUGAUCCAUCUGCGUUUGGAAUCCUUACGUUGAAUGAACAAGGAAAGAUUAAACUGGAGAGAUAUUAUAAUGGAAAGCAUGUGUUGACUCUGGUGUUGCAGAAUUCUGAUUGUGAUGUUUAUGGCACGUGUGGGGCAUUUGGAAGCUGUAAUGUGCAAAAUUCACCAAUCUGUAGCUGUUUGAGUGGAUAUGAGCCAAGGAAUCCAGAGGAGUGGAGUAGGAAAAAUUGGACUAGUGGAUGUGUGAUAAAGAAGCCACUCAAGUGUGAGAGGUUGAAAAAUGGAAGUGCAGAUGGCCAAGAAGAUCAAUUUUUGAAACUUGCAUCCAUGAAAGUUCCAGACUUUGCUGAUAGGUUAGAUGUUGAGGAAGGUCAAUGUGGAAUCCAGUGCUUGAAGAAUUGCUCUUGUUUGGCAUAUGCAUAUGACGCUGGCAUUGGUUGCUUGUAUUGGAGUGGACACUUAAUUGACUUACAACAAUUCUCUAGCGGAGGAGUUGAUCUCCACAUCCGUCUUGCCCAUUCAGAAUUUCAAUCCAGUAUUGCACAAAAUCAUACGAGUAAAAGAAGAGACAAGAAAUUAGUCAUUGGAAUAGUUACAAUGGCAAUUGGAAUGAUUGUCUUGGCCAUAUGUGCAUAUGUAACCAUUCGAAGAUAUCACCUCCGGAAGAAAACUGCUAAACAUUAUCCAGAAAGUCGGAGUCAAAGAGUGAGUGAGGUCCAGAAACAAGUUAAACUGGAUGAGCUACCGCUAUUUGAUUUUGAAGUUGUUGCAAAUGCUACAAACUACUUUCACUUAGCCAAUAAGCUUGGAAAGGGCGGUUUUGGUCCAGUGUACAAGGGAUUAUUGCCAGAUGGUCAGGAAAUUGCAGUGAAAAGACUCUCCAAAGCAUCUGGACAAGGGCUAGAGGAAUUCAUGAAUGAGGUGGUCGUGAUUUCUAAGCUUCAACAUCGCAAUCUUGUUAAACUUCUUGGCUGCUGUAUAGAAGGAGAUGAAAAGAUGUUGAUCUAUGAGUUCAUGCCAAAUAAAAGCUUGGAUGCAUUUAUCUUUGAUCCACUCCAGCGGAAUCUUCUAGGCUGGACAAAACGUUUUAAUAUAAUUGAAGGAAUUGCUCGGGGUAUACUUUACCUUCAUAGAGAUUCUAGAUUAAAAAUUAUACAUAGAGAUUUGAAGGCAAGCAAUAUCUUGCUGGAUGCGGAGAUGAAUCCAAAAAUAUCAGACUUUGGUUUGGCUAGAAUAUAUAAAGGUGAAGAUGAAAUUAAUACCAAAAGGGUUGUUGGCACAUAUGGCUACAUGUCCCCUGAAUAUGCAAUGGAAGGACUAUUUUCUGAGAAAUCAGAUGUUUAUAGCUUUGGAGUUUUGUUACUAGAAAUUAUUAGCGGGAAAAGAAACACUAGCUUUCGUAAUGAUGAACAAUCUCUCAGCCUCAUAGGAUUUGCGUGGAAUCUAUGGAACGAAGACAACAUUAGGUCCUUAAUAGAUCCAGAGAUAUUAGCUUCACACUCUGAGGAUCAAAUUUUGAGGUGCAUCCACAUAGCAUUUCUAUGUGUGCAAGAAGUUGCAAAAACAAGACCAACUAUGACUACUGUAGUAUCUAUGCUUAAUAGUGAGAUUUCCCGUCUUCCUCCUCCUAAGCAAGUUGCAUUCGUUCAGAAGCAGUAUUCAUCAAGUUUAGAGUCUUCUUCUCAGGAAAAUCAGGGUAAUUCCAACAACAAUGUAACUCUUACUGAGAUCCAAGGCAGAUAG